AGUCACCCGAUUGCUCCACGGACUUUCGCUCAGCUCGAUUACUCCAAGACGCAACAUUUCGUCGACUUCCGCAAACAACAGCUCCUGUACCGCCGGAGAUACUGGGCCUACUAUCUGCGGAGCCAAUCCAAACUUUCGCCAGAAAUCGACCCCCAGAUACAGUGAUUGCUUCAAUGACGGACACAAGAAUAACUCCAUCGGGUGCUUCUGGCCUUUGUAUGCCAUCACUACCAUCACACGGCCUAGGAUCUGAUGAGGUGUGCCGCCCGCACAGGCUCACUGAUGCCCCCGUAUCGAGCAGUCCCAUCAGCGUCUUCGGGCCCAGACUCACGUGUGCAAACGGCCUGUCGUCCCGGCUUACUGCAGAACGGAUUGCUGCACAUAUGCCCCGUCGUUUCCUCUGGCGUAUCCGGAAUCGGUCCCGAGCCCUCUGUGCUCUAGCCGACCUCGUUUGGCUUAUUUCCGCCACCUGGUCCCCCAGUAUUCUUCUCCUGGCCUGGUUAUAUCGCUGUCGUCUUUCCUGUAACGGCUUACGCUCGGACCAUCUCGCCUCAGGUAUGUUCUCUGUAUGUAAUUCUACCGUGUUGUUGGAGGGCAGAACUAUUGGCUGCUCGUGGAACGCGACCCCUCCAGUUGCGUCGUGCUCCUUCUCCCGUUUCGCGGCCGACAUUUCGGACAUUUAGGGAGGAUUACCCCGUCAGACCCACACUUGUAACAGAAUAUUUUUCGCACUUCUGACUCACACUCAAAAUAUGUGUGU